AACAUAUUAAUCUAAGAAAUUCCUUUAAUUUGUUUCCCUACACAGGAUUGACCAUCCACUUUGAUGAAGACAUAGACUUGGAAAGCCUUUGUCCUGUUCCUCUCAUGGCGUCACCAAAGGAAUUGUAUGUGAGAUACUCCAUCGACUACCAUCCUUUGGACUUCUUGACCCAAAUCAUAAACAGGACGUUUCCAACAAACAGGGGAGAAGUAACUGAUAUAGCGAUUAUAGUUAAUGAAGGGUGUGACAUAAAGCAUCUACUCCAGUCGCUAACUAUUAAGCCUUUCAGUUCAACAACUAUUCUUAUAGAGAAGGACAUUGAUUCUGAUGAAUCUUCGGAUAUGGAGACUGAUUUUGGUGACUCCACGGAUGUGGAAAGCAAUUCUGGUGAAUCCACAAUUACUGAGAGUAACUCUGGUGAAUCCAUGGAUUCGGAGAUUGAUGUUGGUGAAGACUUGAAGAUCUUCUGCGAGAGUAAUGGACUUGGGAAAUUACACGUUCGCCCUUAUUGAUUUAUAUGAAAACUGUCAACAAGAAGAGAUAUAUCUCUGAUUACUUGAUUGGGGUGGGGGGUUCUUGCGCUGAGAGUGAGCUAUAGAAAAUUCAUGAAUAUUUGCAAAAUUCAUCUCAGUCUUUUCUUUAGUUGCGAUUUCUUCAACUCAUUGUGAUUGCAGAUAAUGCUACAAUCCCUCAACAUCUUCAGGUAAUAAAAGCAGGUGUACUCUAAGGAGAAAAUGGGAAACUUCUUGACUUGGAUUAUACCGAUAUUCUAGUUUUGGUCUUUGAGGGACCAGAAAAGAUGCAGAGUGUUGGAUUGUCUAGUGAGUGAAGGUCGGGAGGUUGGUUUGGUUAUUAAUAGUGGAAAAACUGAAAUCUUGAAUAUGAAUAUUGAAAAUACACAAGAUUUUCUAAUUGAAGGGAUGGUCGUAAAGCAAAUGGAUGAGUUUAGAUGUUUGGGUACUUAUUUAGAUAAGAAUGAUUCUCUGAGCAGAGAAUUUAUGGAAAAAUUUAAAAAGUCUCAUCAGGCAGUGGGAAAGCAUAAAGAUUUUUAGAGUAAUUGCAAUUUUUCUGUGCUUACACCAAUCAAAAUUUAUAAGGUAAUGGCUAGGAGUAUUUUGAGUUAUGGGCAUAAGUCAUUGUACAGUAGAGUGACUUUGGAGAAUGAAUUCUUAGCAUCUGAAAAUAACGCCUUCAGAAGAAUAUUAGGAAUUCAUUGGAGUGAUAGGAUGUCAAAUAACAGGUCAAAGGAGGCGGGGUUGAGGACAAUGAGGAGGGAAGCAGGAGAUGAGUGUUGGGGAGAUCUCAAGGAGCCCCCCAGGACAGAAUGUGGUGGUAAGAGUUCAUCGAGGCCCUAAGCAUCCCCGUUGGUGCCACAGGAAAUGAUUGAGUGAUUGAUUUAAUAAAUGCAAAAGUUGUUUUAGGAGCAAUUUUCAGGAAAUGAAUGGACAGUUUAGGUAGAGAUGUUGGUCAAUUCAGCUCUUCACCUCAAUAAAGACUAAAUCAUUUUGGCAUUGCUACACCACCGUUACUUCUCUCAUUCACUUAUUUGACAUCCUAUCACUCCAAUUAAUUCCUACUAUUCUUCUGAGCGCGUUAUUUUCAGAUGCUACGAAUUCAUUAUGUAAAGUCACUGUACUGUACUCAUGCCCAUAAAUCAGAAUACUCCUGACCAUCACCAUAUAAAUUUUGAUUGGUGUAAGGACAGAAAAAUUGCUAUUACUCCGAAUAUUUUUCGUAAUUUGGUCAUUUGUUCUUCUGUUGUCAUUCUUUUGAGUCGAUUUUUAUUUUGAAAAUACCAUAAUGACCUCUAAAAAUCCAAAAAGAAGUUUAAUUUCAACCUAAAGAGUAAGAAACAAACAUGAGGAGAGAAGAAGAGGAGCAGAGUAAAUAAAGGUCGACAUUUUACAAGCUCCUAUUUUUCUCGAUUAUAUCUGUGAACGAGGACAAGAUGAAUGUCUAAGGUAAUGUCAUGAAGCCUUUAAAGUAUCAAGGAUAGCAUAGACAGUGAACAUUUUUUGUAGACAGUGAAAUUAGUAUAGAUAGGAGAAGAAAUUUCCAAAAAUGGCUUCAUUUUAUGCUCCACCCAUUAGGAGAAAAGACUCCGUUGGUUUAAUAUUUUCGAGUAAACCGACUUAAAUGAUGUUGAUGAUGUAAUUUUUGGAAAGCUGAGAAUUGAUGUUGAAGAUUUGAUUGGUGUUCAAGAAAUGCGAGGUAAUAAAGUGAUCUUGAAGUUCCGGAAUCAGUGUGUAUAUGAAACUUUUCUAAAUAAUUAUGAUGAAAAAGUAAUUUGUUUACCUAAUGGUCUGGAAGUAAAAGCAGUUAAUUUCGGCAAUGUCUUCACAUUUGUCUCAAUAAGGUACUCUCCAUUUGAUAUGCAAAACAGUAUUUUGAGCGAUGUACGGGAAAGUUAUUGGGAUACGGGAUAAUGCUUCCACACUCGGCAGACGUAAAGGACUGUUAAACGGAAUACGGACGGCUAAAAUGGAAAUUAAGAAAGACAUUCCAUUGGCGUUUUUCACAGGAGGACAUAACAUUUCUUUCGUGUAAAACGGACAGAAAAAGACAUGUCUUAAGUGUGGCAGUGAGAAUCAUUUUGCUGUAGAUUGCUCCUUGGACAGAAUCGUGAAUAUUUUUGAGCACGAGAAGGAUUUUCCAAGUCUGCCGAAACUACAAAGGGACGAAACACAAGGGAACAAAACACAAGGGAAUGAAACACAAGGGAACGAAACACAAGGGAAUGAAACACAAGGGAGCGGACAUUGAGAAGAAAAGGCAAGAGUCACUUAGUGAAGACACACCAAAUGGUAUCAAUAGUAUAACAGUGGAAAAUGGCAACAACGAGCCACAUGUUUUAACGGAAAGGAUGAAUAUUGAGCUUGAGGAUAGGGAAAAAAUAAAAGAAUGUGAGGAUAAGGAUUCAAAUAAGAAGGAGGAGGUGAUAUCUAUCGAUGAUGAGGUACUUCAUGGUGGACUAACUUUGGAAGCGUUUGAAUUGGUGAUUAUACCGCAAGAAACUGCAUCUGUUGAGUUCACUGUUAUCACGACGACUGCGGACGUUCAUCAAGAGGACAGAAAGAUAACUCUUAACCUGGGACACGGAACUGAUCAAGGAAGAGGAGGACAAACUGAUGCAGAAUAUAUGGAAGAUGGAUUAAUGGAAACUGGUGGAGAUUUGGAAAUUGCGCCUGGAAACGGAAAAUGGAAAAUUCAAAUGGAAGAUGACGUCAAGAUGAGAAUCUCAAAGAAGAAAAUAGGAACUCAAAGAUAUUCAAGAUCUGAAGACAAUAGUGACAAGGAAAAUUGGGAAAAAUUGAGAGACCAGAAAUGGAAAAAGUUGGAAUCUUCCUAAAUUUAACGCCUUCAAUCUCUCAAUUGGCUGUUUAAAUGUGAACGGAUUAAAUGAAGCUGUUAUCCUUGUCUAGGUAUUAUGAUAUAGAUAUUUUGUUAUUGCAAGAACAUCAUGUGAGGGAUUUAAAAGCUCUGAGAUUUUUCACAAAUUACUAUGAUGUUUUGUUAAACCCAAGUAAUAAUCUUAAAGGAGGUACAGCAGUUUGUAUAAAUAAGUUUAAAUCUUUGGUCUGUCAUUAGCAAGGAAAUGGAUACGGAGGGACAAAUAAUAGGAGCUAAAAUACCUUGUUUAAAUCAUGAAAUUCCAGUUGUGAAUAUUUAUGCCCCCUUCAGGUACAGAUAAAAAGAAAGAAAGAGAAGAAUUUUUUAACCAUAUCUUAUAUUAUUUUCGUAAAAAUGUUGAAAAUGUAGUUUUCGGAGGGGAUUGUAAUUGUGUUACAUCCAACAGAGAUGUUAGUACGGGAAAGGAUACUUUAGUGUCAAAAUCAUUGCAGACCUUCAUAAAAAAUGUUGGAUUAAAAGAUGUAACAUGCACUUGUAAAGGCAUUCCAAAAUAUACCUACAUUAGAAAAUGCUAUGGUUCUAGGAUAGAUCGCCUAUAUACUAAACAGCUACUCCAUAAUAUGAUAAGUACUGAUACAGUGCCUAUGGCCUUCUCUGAUCAUUGUAUGGUCAUCGCUAAAUUCAAGAUAGGCGAUGUGCAAGAAGGGAAAGGAUUUUGGAAAUUGAAUGCGUCUUUACUGGAGACAGAAGGAAGAAGUGAAAACUCUGAAUGCUUUUGGAGUCAUGCAAAACAAAAACAAAAAUAGACAGUUUUAAAAAUGUAAUUGAAUGGUGGGAAUUUGCUAAAAAGGAAUGAAAAGGUUCUUCAUUAAAGUUGCAACGAGGGUAUCAAAUGAAAAAUAUGGUUUAAUAAAUCUAUAGCAAUAUCGAUUAAAAUAUCUAUAUAGCUUAUGUAAUGCUAGGAAUGAUAAAUAUGAUGAAAUUUAUGCUUUGAAAAGUAAAAUAAACUGUCUUCAAAAUGAACUUUGUGAAGGAGUAAAAAUAAGUGCAAAAUUAAAAGAUCAAGUGGAAGGGGAAAAAUUGUCAUCGCACUUGCUUGGGAGAGAGAAACAGCAUAAAAAAGAUAAAAGGUACAAGUGGAAAAUAUGCUAACAGAUACAAAGGCUGUUCUUGUGUUUCUUAAAGACCAUUUUAAAGUAAUGUAUGAAUUUAUUGAAGGAAAUCACGAAGAACAAUCAUGUUUGCUUGAGUAAUGCAAAAGAAAGGUAGAUAGAAAGGACAAUAAACUUUUAGAGGAGGAAUUUGAUAUAAAUAAAUUAUGUGAAUCAUUGAAUAAAAUGAAUAAAGGAAAAUCACCUGGAAGUGAUGGAUUAAGUGUGGAGUUUUAGAAACGAUUUUGGUAUAUUAUCAAAAACGAUUUUUCAGAGGUAAUGAAAUGUAUGCUGGAAGAAGGAAAGUUAUCGGAAUCACAAAAUUUAGGAAUAAUAAAUCUAUGUCCAAAAAGUGGACAUAGAUUUGGAAACGGUUGAAAACUGAAGACCAGUCCCUCUGUUAAGUGUUGAUUAUAAACAAAAACAAUGGCAAAUCGUUUGAAACUUGUUCUUGGAAAAAUCAAAUCACCUGAACAAUAUUAUGGUACUCCAAACAGAUCCAUAAUUCACUGCAAUAAUACAAUAAGAGACAUGAUGAAUUAUGUAAGAGAAAAUCAUUUGAAUGGAGGGAUGUUUAACUUGGACUGGCCCAAAGCUUUUGAUAGGGUGAAUUUGCCCUUUCUUUUUAGAAUUAUGGAAAAGUUUGGAUUUUCAGUAAAAUUUAUUCCAUGGUUAAAAAUAUUAUAUAAAAAAUGUAAAAGUAUGAUAUGUGUGAAUGGACUAUUUACAGACUCCUUUAAUGUAAGAAGGUCGAUUAGACAAGGUUGUCCACUAUCAAUGUGACUGUAUGCCAUUUUCCAAGAACCAUUGUACCUAUUUUGCAUUUGUUCUUUGUGCAAAGAGUUGGGAAUUCCUCACAAUCAGACACCUCUACUGUAUUUGUAAAAAAAAAA